AAUCCUGCAGCAGUUCGAGCAGAGCAGCGGCGGCGAUCGGGGCCAAUCCGUCAAGCACACACCUAUAUACAUCUAUAUAUACAUUAUACAUAUACACAAAGUCGCUUCUCCUCUCCCUUCUUUCGCGCACGAUAUAUAAUUUGCUGUGUGUUUGCUGUGUGGCGGCUUAUCGCGCGAAUUCUCGAUAAGAGGCGAAAGGAGGACGUGUGAGCGUGGCUCACACGCAGACGACGGCAACGACGGAAGAAGAAGAGUAGCCGCAGUUAGCAGCCAUGGUAGCGCACGACGAGGUCGGCAUCGGGGACUUUGUCCUCCUCGACGAGAUCAGCCUCGAGAAGGUCGUGGAGAAUCUCCGAGUCAGAUUCAACGGCGGCAAAAUCUACACCUACAUCGGCGAGGUCUGCGUCAGCAUUAAUCCAUACAGGAGUACGAGCAUUUACAGCCCGGAUUAUGUCGAUAAAUACAAAGACAGGGAACUGUUCGAGAACCCACCGCACAUAUUCGCGGUGGCGGAUGCGGUGCACAAGGAGAUGAAGCAGCAGGGCCGAGACACCUGUAUCGUCAUCAGCGGCGAAUCGGGUUCCGGCAAAACCGAGGCCAGCAAAAUCAUCAUGAAAUACAUCGCCGCCGUGACGAACAUCGACGGACAGCAGGAGAUCGAGAGGGUGAAGAACAUUCUGAUCCAGUCGAAUUCGAUACUCGAGUCCUUCGGCAAUGCCAAGACCAACAGGAACGACAAUUCCUCGCGAUUCGGCAAGUACAUGGACAUAAACUUCGACUUCAAGGGCGAUCCCGUUGGAGGAGAUGUCACGAAUUAUCUUCUGGAGAAGUCGAGGGUCGUUUAUCAGCAGAAGGGCGAGCGGAAUUUCCAUUGCUUCUAUCAGCUGAUUCACGGCUGCAGCGAAGCAGACCUCAAGUCGAUGCGAUUAGUAAGGGAUCCGGCUAGUUAUAACUACAUCAAGAGCGGCGCAUCCAACAGUCAAACGAGUUUGAAUGAUAAAACCGAUUAUAAAGCCGUAAUGAAUGCCAUGUCCACGCUCGGUUUCAAGCACACGGAGACGCAAACCAUUUGGAAUGUUAUUGCUGGCGUUAUGCACUUGGGUAACAUCACAUUUACUCUUGACGAGGAUACAGUUAGCACAAGUGGCGACAAAGCAUUAAAUGAUGCUGCUCACUUAUUAUCUGUAAGUCCGACUGAAUUAAACGAUGCACUAACUCAGAGAAUAAUUGCUGCUGGAGGUGAGGUCAUGCAGAAGACGCACACUCUCGUAGAAGCGGAAUACGGCAGAGAUGCCUUAGCUAAGGCGGUGUACGACAAACUGUUUACUUGGAUUGUAUCACGAAUAAACGGCACGAUCAACGUUUCUUCUCCGAAUAGUACCUACAAACGUUACAGAACUCUGAUUGGUGUAUUAGAUAUUUACGGUUUUGAAAUUUUCGAUUCCAAUAGCUUCGAACAAUUUUGCAUUAAUUACUGUAAUGAAAAGUUGCAACAACUCUUCAUAGAACUGGUAUUAAAGCAAGAGCAGGAAGAAUACAAAAAGGAAGGUAUUGCAUGGCAAAACAUUGAAUAUUUCAACAACCAGAUUAUUUGUGAUCUCGUGGAACAAAAUCAUAAGGGUAUUCUAUCUAUCAUGGACGAAGCUUGCCUCAACGUUGGCAAAGUUACGGACGAAAUGCUUCUUGAAGCUAUGGAUAAAAAAUUGACAGCUCACAAACAUUACACGUCUCGACAAUUGAAACCCACGGACAAAGAAUUGGAACACAAAACGCAAUUCAGGAUAAAGCAUUAUGCUGGUGACGUCGUGUAUAACAUCAACGGCUUUUUAGAUAAAAAUAAGGACACGCUGUUCCAAGAUUUCAAACGCUUGCUGUUUAAAAGUAAAAAUCCUGUUAUAUCAGAAAUGUGGCCAGAAGGCGCUCAGGAUAUAACAAAGACAACAAAGCGACCACAGACAGCUGGAACUCUCUUUAAAACUUCAAUGAUUGCUCUCAUUAAAAAUCUUACCAGUAAAGAGCCAUUCUACGUCAGAUGUAUCAAACCUAAUGAAGUAAAAUCUCCCGUUGUUUUUGACGAAGAAAGAGUAGAACAUCAAGUCCGAUACCUUGGACUGGUAGAAAAUAUAUUGGUCAGGAGAGCUGGCUUUGCUCACAGGCAGCGUUAUGAUAAAUUUCUUAAGAGAUAUAAAAUGAUAUCGCAGUAUACGUGGCCUAACUUCAGAGGAGGAAGUGAUAAGGAUGGUGUAAAAAUGAUGAUGGAUGAGAAAGGUUUUUCCAACGACGUUCAGUACGGACAUACAAAAAUUUUCAUACGCUCACCUCGAACGCUGUUUGCUCUUGAGCAGGCUCGAAAUGAUUUGAUUCCUGGAAUAGUAGUACUGAUUCAAAAGAUGGCUCGUGGAUUCAUGGCUCGCAGGUAUUUUAGGCGAUUAAAGGCAGCUUACGUCAUUAUUCAGUAUUACCGCCGUUACAAGAAACGCACGUACAUAACUGAACUGAGGGAUACGUUCAAAGAUGCUAAGAACAUGCGCGACUAUGGCAAGCACCUGACAUGGCCUAAAGAAAAUUACGCUGUCAAGUCGGUAGUACCCGUACUGAAAAUGAUGUAUGCAAGGUGGUACAGUUGGAUGAUUUUGCGAAAGAUACCAAGAGAGGAUUGGCCACAAUUGCAAUUAAAGAUGUCUGCAGCAUCAGUAUUACGUUCAAAACGUCAGCACUAUGGACAGGAUAGACGAUGGGAGGGCAACUACCUUUCACAAUUUAGUGAGAAUUCUCAUAAUGACAUUUAUAAUACAUCGAUGAAUAAUCUUAAGAACGCAGAUCACUUCAAAACAAUUUUAUUCAGUGCCUUCAUCAAGAAAACAAAUAAAUUUAAUAAGCAAGCAGAUCGUGUCAUGGUUGUUACAGAGCAGGCUCUGUACAAAUUAGAAAGUUCAAAGUUUAAAAACAUGAAAAAAGUCAUGAAUAUAGCAGAAAUCACAGGUCUCAGCGUUUCGCCAGGAAAAGACCAGUUAAUUAUAAUUCACUCCAAUCACGGCAAUGACUUUAUCGCUUCCAUUGUAACAGCAGAUGACAAAGUUGGUGAACUUGUUGGUAUUCUAAGCAACGCAUAUUACCAAACUAGAAGGUCGGAUUUACAAGUAACAGUUGAUGUCAAAUUCAAAUGCAUGCUUGGAAACAAGAGGAAAAUUUUGCGGAUAGAAGUAAUGCCUGAGGUAACAGAACCAACGUUCAAGAAAGACGGAGAUAACAUUAUCUAUGCAAUACCGCCAUCAAUUGGAAUCAUUGACAACAGUGCCAACAACGGACUUAAAAUCAAAACCACGAGUUAAUUUUUAAUUUAGUUUUUAUACUAAACUAGUAGUACAAGAUAUUCAUAAACAUCCUAUUUUUUGUAAUACGUAAAUUAAAAUAUUUUUUUUACAAAGAAAAAAAAUACAGUAAAAAAAUAUCUGUAAUGAUAAAGACUAAAACUAACACUACUUAUUUCUAAAAAAAUCUUGUCUUGUACAGAUUUUAUCAGAAACCAUUGAAAAAGAAUAUAAAGUACUCAAAAAUUAUGAAUUUAAAGCAGUUUGAAACGCUGUAAAAUAUUUUUAUUGGUAAGGCUGUAAAAAAGAAUUGUCACAAAUUUAUACAAGACAUGCAAAUUGUUAUAUUAAUUUGUUAAGCAAAAAUUUAUAAAAUACUUUAGAUUGCUGUGACUUAAGUAUUUAUUAAGAUUGACUUUAAUGUUAAGAAGAUAUUCUACGCGUAAACCAUUAUGUAUAUUGGUGCAGUUGCCAUGCGAAAAAACUUACAUAAAUUCAACUUGGCAAAAAUGAUAAUGGCUGGUCACAUUAAUAUUGCUGGGUAAAUGCAUAAAUGUAUUAUUACUUUAUUUCUGAAGGUGAAUUACACUUUCUUGAUAAGUACUUAAAUAGUAAAUUAUUCUAUUUUGUAUAAAUGUCAUUAUCCAUCAAUUUUAAUUAUGAAGUGGUGCAAAUAUUAUCUUGCAUUUCUGCAUUUAUAUACUGUAAAUUUGUGCCAUUGCGAAAUAUAAAUAAAAAUUUAUUCUAUAUAAAAUCACGAUUUUAUUAACUUUUCCAUGAUAUUUACAAAAAUAAAAAAAGUGAAAAAGUUGUUAAAUAAUUUUGAAAUUCAUAUAAUUAUUAUUUUUAUUUAAUUUAUAGAAAAAGCAAUAGAAUUAUUUUAUACAAAAAACAAAAAUUCUGUAAAGCUAUGACUACUUGUCCAGACGUUGAUACAAAUAAAUAUAUCCUAAUUCUUUCAGCGGCUUUUCAGACGCGUAAACCUGCAAAA